AUGCUUGUAAAUGACUCUGACUUCUCUGAAUCUGAUGAUGAUUUAGAGAUGCUCAAAGCUAUUAUUAUGGAUGAAGAACUACUAGAUAGUCAUGAAAGGCUUUUUCUCCAUUAUUUUGCUAAAUCACUUGUAUAUCCUCCUGAGCUAUUUCGAAGGAGGUUUCAGAUGAAGCGUUCAUUUUUUCUUCGAAUUCAAGCUGCAAUAGAAGCACACGAUCCAUACUUUCUCCAAAAAAGAAAUUGUGCUGGAAAGCUUGGUUUGUCUUCUCUUCAAAAGAUAACUGUUGCACUUAGGAUGCUUGCUUAUGGAGUAGCUGCUAAUUUUAUGGACGAAUAUGUGAGAAUCGGAGAAAGCAUUUCAAUAGAAAGCUUAAAAUAUUUUGUUAAAGCAAUUGUUGAUAUUUUUUCUAAUGAGUAUUUGAGGUCACCAAACAGCAAUGACAUCGCUGAACUGCUAGCGGUUGGUGAAAGUCGUGGAUUUCCUUGGAUGCUGGGGAGCAUUGAUUGCAUGCAUUGGAAAUGGAAAGGUAUGUACACUGGACACAUUCAUGAACGAAUAAUUAUUUUGGAAGCUGUUGCAUCAUAUGAUCUUUGGAUUUGGCAUGUGUUUUUUGGAUUACCUGCGUCUCGUAAUGAUAUCAACAUGCUAGAAAGGUCUUUUGUAUUUUCCAAACUUGCUCAAGGACGUGCUCUUGCAGUUAAUUACACCCUCAAUGGUAAUGAAUAUACAAUGGGAUACUAUCUCGCCAAUGCUCAAGAGGCGACAAUAAAGGAUAUAGAACGUGCAUUUGGAGUGCUUCAAGCACGAUUUGCAAUUGUGCGUCGAUCGACAUGUUUUUGGAAUACUAAAAUGCUUAAAUAUAUUAUGAAGGCGUGCAUAAUUCUACCUAAUAUGAUCAGUGAGGAUGAGCCGGAUGACAAUGGAGUAAAAGACUUCAAUUAUGAUCAAAUCGAUGACAGUCCCCAUGUAACGGUGUCACAGGAAAGAACUAUUGAACUUAUGGAAUUCAUUCAAUGUCAUCGUAACAUUAAAGACAGGCAAACAGAUUCUCAUCUCCAAUUGAACCUUGUCGAACACUUGUGGCAAUUACACAAUAAGUCGUAA